AUGUCGAAUAGAAGUGGAUGUUCACUCGAAAGCUCUUACGAUGCGGGUCCUUGUGACUCGACACAAACAAGUACAAUUGCAGAUCAGCUAAAAGCAAUGAAAGACACGGAAAUCCGCAGGGUAGAUUAUAUGAAUUGUAGUGUUCUCCAGUGUAUGUCCUGCAACGCUGUGCUCGGAGACUCUCUCGGCAUCUGUGGGGAAGUCCAGAGCCUUCAGGUCAUCGUUUGUUUAAAAGUUUCUGAGGAUGUGAGGGUGAGUAAAAAGAUGGAAAUGUCCUUGGAUGGUCAGCUGGCUUUUUCCACCUACCAAGCCCUUCAGUGUGCUGGUUGCCAAGGUAUUGUUGGCCUGAUUCUUCACUCCACCCCAGUGCACCUGUCUGAUUUAAGAAAUCUCUUCCUUUUACGAAAAGAGCUCAUAAACUGCUACAUGCUAAGAAAUAGCAAAUGUGUUAAAGCCUCAAAAAUGUGCUUCGAUCACAGACCCAUGCACAUAAAUAUGAAAGAGCUGAAACAAGAUUUAGAAGCCCAGCUGAAGCAUAUCAAGAUUUUGGAAGAAAUGAUGGACAAACUCGGCACAUACAGUAUAAACUAAAGUAAUGCCAGGAAAAGCAUAGUUUUCUUGUUCACAUAUAUAUUUUUGUAAAGUAAUAUUGAUAGAAAGUUGGCUAUGUUGACUUGAACCUACAUUAACCUAUGUAUUGUCUCAUUUACCUCAUUUAUGUAC